CAGAGCAGCAGCGGGAGGAGGCGCCAGGCAGGCAGCCGGCCGGCCGGCUUCCAGGCAUCUCUGUGCGCUCCGAGCUCCUUCCACACCCCCAACUCCGAGCAGAGAGCGAACCGGCUCCCCAUCCCCUGUGCUCCUGCCCCGCAGCCCCGGGACCAAGCCAUGAAGCAGGCUCUGAUGGAAGUCAUGAGGAUGAACAGGAUUUGCAGGAUGGUCUUGGUCACUUGCUUCGGAUCCUUUAUCCUGGUCAUCUUCUAUUUCCAAAGUAUGUUGCAUCCAGUAAUACGUAGAAAUCCAUUUGGAAUGGACAUCUGUUGUCGGAAGGGGUCAAGAAGCCCGCUCCAGGAACUGUACAAUCCCAUCCAGUUGGAGUUGUCUAACACAGCAAUCCUUCAUCAGAUUAGGAGAGACCAAGUCACAGAUACAUGUCGAGCCAACAGCAUGUCUAGCAGGAAACGCCGUGUGCUGACACCCAACGAUCUCAAACAUUUGGUGGUGGAUGAAGAUCAUGAAAUGAUCUAUUGUUAUGUACCCAAGGUGGCCUGUACAAACUGGAAGAGAGUCAUGAUGGUCUUGACAGGAAGGGGCAAAUACAGUGACCCCAUGGAAAUACCAGCCAAUGAAGCCCAUAUAUCCUCAAACCUGAAGACCCUCAACCAGUACAGCAUUCCAGAGAUCAACCACCGCUUAAAAAGCUACAUGAAGUUCCUGUUUGUCCGUGAGCCUUUCGAGAGACUGGUGUCAGCCUACAGGAACAAGUUCACCCAGAAGUACAACACCUCCUUUCACAAGAGAUACGGUACCAAAAUUGUGAGGCGCCAAAGGAAAAAUGCCACUCAGGAGGCUCUGCGUAAAGGUGAUGAUGUGAAAUUCGAGGAGUUUGUGGCAUAUCUCAUUGACCCAAAUACCCAAAGAGAAGAACCUUUCAAUGAGCACUGGCAAACUGUCUACUCCCUCUGCCACCCCUGCCAUAUCCAUUAUGACCUCAUAGGAAAGUAUGAAACACUUGAAGAUGAUUCCAAUUACAUCCUUCAACUUGCAGGAGUAGGCAGCUACCUGAAGUUCCCCACCUAUGCAAAGUCUACGAGAACUACUGAUGAAAUGACCACAGAGUUCUUCCAGAACAUCAGCUCGGAACACCAAACACAACUGUACGAAGUCUACAAACUUGAUUUUUUAAUGUUCAAUUACUCAGUGCCAAGCUACCUGAAACUGGAAUGAGGGGGAGAAGGAAGAAAGAAAGCCUGUUUUAUUUAAGAUUUUUAUUUGUCAUAAUAAAUAUGGAGAAUUGUUAUUUUGUAAAUUAAUAUUUUCUUUUUGAAUGAUGCUGCGAGCAGCACAGUCAAAAUUAUUUAAAUCAUCUGUAAGAAAGGACAGUUCUCUUUGCGGGGGUAACAGGAUGGUGAUGAUCUCGCUUUAGAAAUGAAUAUUACUGCUACAUUGUUUAUAAACGUUAAUUGUGUUCUGGUGAAUUUCAUUUAUCUUUGCAUUCAACAAAUUCUAAUUAAUGUUAUUUAUACUUAUUUAAAACAUGGUCUCUUGGUAGGUUUCACUUUAGCAGCAGAAAUACGAUAAUAUUUGGACAAAGGAAAUCUGGUUUUGUGCUUUCCUCAGCUGAAUUUAUUUGUAUAUUGUUACUAGCCAUAUGUUUUGGAAACCCUAGUAGAAAUAAUUUCUUCCAAGGUGAUUCUGCACUUAAAGCAAAAUUAGAAAGUUAUCUUCUCAUACAAGAAAGAAAAAUAUGAAACAUUUUGUUACAAAAAUAUUUAAAAUCCAGGACUAAAAGAAAUUGCUUUCUUCAAGGGAUACAUUCAAACAUACAUUUUUCUUAUCUGGACGGGUUAAUAUCACCAAUAUCGUUUGUGUCCCAGUGCCUGGCAUUUCCAAGCCUGCCAGCCCAAUGAAUGCUGACAGGGAUUUGUGCAUAUUACAUACCAACAAAGUAUGUGCCAAGAGUUUCAAAAUUAACUAGAGAUUUUGAAUGCUCAACCUGAGCCACCUUAAUGGAGGCCUGAUUUCAGCAAGUGGGUGCUUAACGUUUUCUAAAAAAAUCAGGCCCUUUUAAAAGAUCUCAAGUUGGGCACCCAAACUCACUAGUCACUUCAGAGAAUCUUGGCAAUAAUAAGUUUGUAUAUACUAUAUAGGCAUCCAAAAAGAUCACCUUGAUAUUGAUCUGAGCAUACGGGGCAAUAAAAGCACUCAUGUAUCCUUAAUACAUGUUGGUUUCAUGGCCUCUCCCUUCCAGGGGUAGUGUUGUUUUCUGUUUAUUAGUCAAUAUUAAACACCAUUGGUGAGCGUGUUUCUAAUUUCCAGCUGUUUAAUUCUGCACCUGAGUUAAGUCUAGUAUGAGAACAUGACCCUUUGAUGUAAGGUGAAUGUUUCAGUAGCAGUUGCUCUGUAUAUAACGUUUGUUGAGAUGAAAUGUACUAGGAGGAGUAGAUUAUUUUGUUAUAUGGAGAAUGUUUUGAACAAAGUAUGGAUAAUUUAGUCACUAUAAAUAAGAAAAAGUGGUAUUCUAAUCUAGAACUAUUAGCAAACUCAGUGCGAAGAAUACAGACUUCUCCAACUGCAAAAUUUAUUUAAUUUUAUCUGCGUUGGAUGUAAAUGGGAUCCAGCAGUGGGUAUGCUAUUUAUGAAAUAUUAUGUACUCACUACUGAGCUAUCUUGACCUGGAGAGGUAGCAGAGGGAACUAAUUCAAUACAUUGCUUUCCCACUUUCUUGUGGCUUAUUUUCCUGUAGCUGAAAAUGGAACAGAGGAAUUUGUUUGAACCAGGUGUUGAUAAUCUAGGCUGUCACUUUGACAAGUGAAAAGUUCUUUAUUACCAUAAAGGCUAUAGAUUUUACAAAAUCAAAGGUUGCUAUUGAUUUUGCAAACAUUCAUUGGGCUGGGAUUUUGUUUUGCAAAAAACAAGGUGAUGGGUAAAAAAAAAAAAAAAAACUUUCAAAGGUGCCUAUGUGAUUUAGGAGCCUACAUGUGAUGCUUUUUUACUUCGAGUUGUCCAUAUCCAUCUCUCACUAUAAUCAAAUUCCCAAUGUUCAAAAAGUUGUGAGGAGGGUUAGAUAAAACAGCUCUGCUUUUGACCCAAUUUAUCAGUCUCUGGGCUAGACCCUGGAAUUACACAGAUUUACAAUUGUGUCAGUCACCAGGACCCACACAGACACUGUUGACUUUUAAAGGGGACUAGGACUUAGAGGAAAUAGGAGUUGGUCCUAUUUUGCAAAGCUAUUGCUGGACAAAAAUCUCAGUCAGGACAAAGUAACAAAGCUAACAAGAAGCAACUAACAUACUUUCACAGCUGAAAUUUGGCCUU